AGAUCAUAGGGCAGCCGCACUUGAAGGGUCCUUCUUGCUGGAGGUGACAUUCAGUUGCAGCAAAUAGCCGAUUGCGUAUUUUUCACGACUCUAAAGCAAACCACCAUGGCACAGGCAGUCCAGAAAUUGGUGGCCAAAGUACCUACUUUGAUCGGAGCCGCUGCCACCUACUCCAAGCCCCGGCUAGCGACCUUCUGGCACUACGCUAAAGUCGAGCUUGUGCCACCUUCCCCUGCCGAGAUUCCCCAGGCCAUUGCAGGAAUCAAGAACAUCCUCACCGGUGUCAACAGUGGACGACUUGGACAGACGACAGUGAAGGAUGCAUUCAGAAAUGGAUUGGUCUGCACUGAAGUGCUGAUGUGGUUCUACAUUGGAGAGUGCAUCGGAAAAGGAGGCAUUGUUGGAUACGCCGUUUAAACCUUGUUCUGUUGCUGUUGUACGCUCUUACCUUCCACCUGUCGAGAUCAGUUAAUAAAUGUCCAUUGUUUAAAGAA